AUGACAGUUACUCUUGAAAAUGAUGCCGGAUCAGAUAGCAUCGACGUCAGACUUCUGGUUGUUGAUAGCCCUUCACCACCAAAAAAUCUGACAGUGUCGGAUAUAACGCCCGAUUCUUGUGUGCUAGACUGGGAAGCGCCGGAAGAUGAUGGUGGCUCACAUAUCACAAAUUAUAUUGUUGAGAAAUGCCAUUUGCGCUCGCCGACCGAUGAUGUCUGGGAGAAAGUGAGCUCAUUCGUUCGAGGGACCAAUUAUGUUGUCACUGGACUUGCCGAGAAUGAACGCUACAAAUUCCGUGUUCGAGCCGAGAACCAGUAUGGCGUAUCGGAACCAGUUGAGCUGAAAGAACCAAUAGUUGCAAGAUAUCAGUUCAAGGUACCAGGGCAACCGGAGCCGCCGACUGUUUACGAUAUGGAUAGUACCUGGGCUGAAAUUGAAUGGGAACCACCUUCCGAUGGCGGAUCCAAAAUACUCGGUUAUAUAUUGCAAUACAGAGAACCAAGCUCAAGCAAAUGGAUAUCAGCCAGCUCACAGCCAAUUGAUGGAACUCGAUUCCGGGUGCAAAAUCUGAAGGAUAAGGGUGAAUACGAGUUCCGAGUUAUUGCAAAGAAUAAAGCCGGCCUGUCGAAACCGUCACUGCCGUCCGGAAAGGUGCAGCUUAAGCCGAAAUUUGGUCCACCUGGACCACCGACACAAAUUGCUGCAGAAUCAAUUGGUCGGAACCACGUAACACUUACGUGGGUGCCACCAAUCGAUGAUGGCGGCUCGAAGAUUACUGGUUACGUUGUGGAAAGUCGAGAGUUCGGCAUUCAAACCUGGCGAGUCGUUAGCGAUUAUAAUGUGCAACAGCCGGAGUUUACUGUACCCAAUCUGACUGAAUUCCACGAUUAUGAAUUCAGAAUUACUGCUGUUAACAAACACGGAAAAGGCCCACCAUCACUACCUUCCUCACCAAUCAAAAUCCACGAUCUGGGCGGUUCCAGGCCGCAGAUUGUUGUCAAGCCGGCAGAUACCGCCUCACCGUAUAAUCGCCGUGCCGUCUUUACCUGUGAAGCAGUUGGCAGACCAACCCCAACAGCACGUUGGUUGCGUAACGGCCGUGAAAUACCAGAAGGAGCGCGAUAUCGUACAGAAGUACAAAAUGAAGUUUUCAAGCUUAUUAUCAAAGAAGUGUGGGAUAUCGAUUCUGGUGAAUAUACGUGCGAGGUCUCGAAUUCUUACGGGUCCGACUCUGCUACUGCAACUUUAACUGUGCAAGCACCACCGGUGAUCGAGAAGGGCGUAGCGAAUGCAGUAUAUGCAGACGGCGAAUUGGUACGACUGAAAAUUUACUUCUCUGGCACGGGCCCAUUCAAUUACCUGCUCACGUUGAACAAGGAGGAAGUACCCGUCGAUCAUCCGAACAUCCAUUUCGUGGACUUCGACAACCAUGUUCUCAUAACCAUUCCGUCCAUACAUAGUAGUGAAGCUGGUCGUUAUGAAUUAACGAUUAGCAAUGAAAGUGGCGAAGCAAAUACCGGAUUUUGGUUGAAUGUUACUGGCCUACCCUCGGCACCUCAAGGACCACUGCAGUUCUCGGAUGUGAACAAGUCGCAGCUAGUUCUUGGUUGGAAACCGCCUGUGGUUAGUUGCGCUUCUCAAAUGAAUUAG